CACACUAGAGCUUAAGGUCUUGCUCUUGCGCACAGGCUCUUUGUGGUCAGGACAGUUUUGAUUCAACAAUGCAGACAUUGAUUGCUAUGUUUUGGCUGUCUGUUAUUUCUGCAGUACAAUGCCUGGAUUCCAACAUUAUCCACUCCUCCAGGGAAAUGACAAACUCUCAAGAGUCAAUAUUGCAUAUACAGAGUGACACAGUGGCAAAUUCCCAUAAUUCUGUUAGAAGAACCUCAGGUCUCCAAGGAAUCAGAGAAACUUCACAAGAAUGCACAUCUUUUCAAGCACCUGAAUGCAAAGGCUCCAAGAAAAAACAGCAAAAUGCUGCCAAGACAAAGAUUCAGUUGGAUGGGCGAGGAAGUCAAAAAGUGCCCGAGAUGUCCCCGUGCGUGCGCUCGCGCGACUGUGAGGAGGGUCUGUGCUGCGCCUUGUAUUUGACUGGCAGGAGGUGUCAGCGCGUGCCAGCUCUGGGCGAGGUCUGCCUGCUGCGGGGGCGCGCCAAAUUCCGCCGGAGACUGGACCGCUGCGACUGCGAGAAGAGCCUGUCCUGCCGCGCGCUACCCGACGGCCCUCGCGGACAGGGAGUGUGCCAUCCCGAUCAGAGGUCCUAAAGGGACUGGUUGUUCACAGACAUCUAUGGAACUUUGCGUGAAAUAUUACUUUUCUGAACAUUUUAAUAUUACGUGUUCUAAAUGAGAAUUUAGCGAGAUACUAAACGGACACGGGUAUGUUAUAUCAAUUAUAUAAUUAAUUUGCUUUUAAAAUGUGUAGAAGUACAAAAGGACAAAAAGGUAACAUAAACACGCUGAAGAAAGUGCAAAAUGUGGCUUUGUUUUUCUUUUCCUGCGCCUUUAAAUCUGUACAAAAAUUCGAGCUGAGCCUCGAGCGCCCUCUGUUAGGUGAAUAAGUUUGCUGAGUCUUGUCUUUGUCCUUGGCAUUUCCGAACACUCCUCCUGGAAGUCUAUCAGUACUGCAUCUCUCCUGUGUCUUUUGCCAAAUUUAUAAUAAAGUGCUUUUAAAAUGGCA